CCUCAGUAGUAGUCGUUGCCCACACGACGAAGAUGCUGCGAUGGACGUCAUCGGUCGUGGCCAUGGCCCGUGCUGCGCCGCGCCGUAGCUUCCGCCGCUAUGGCACCAUGUCGGCCUCGGACCUGCUCAAGGUCGCCGUCAACUCGCGCAACCAGGCGACGAGCAUCAUCACGAAGAACGCGACGCUGCAGACCGCCGUCGACAAGAUGGCGUCGCACGCCAACUCGACGACGCUCAUCGUCGUCGACGAAGAGAAGAAAGUCGUGGGCCUCUUGACCCAAAACAACAUCAUCUCGAGCAUUGCCAAGCAAGGCGCCGCGUGGAAAGACCUCCAGGUCAAGGACGCGGCGAUGCCGACCAAGGAUAUCAUUCACGUCACGCCCGAAGACCCGCUCACGGUGUGCCGGGCAGUCAUGACACAGUCCGGGCGCAGCGAGCUGCCCGUCAUCUCCGGCGACAGCCUUCUCGGCAUCAUCUCCCUCACAGACAUUGCUGCGCUCAUCUCCAGCACCGACUCGCAAGCUGACGGCGAAGCCCAUAGUGCCAAGUCGGACUACAUUCACUUGAUUCUGCCGCGCAAGGGCCUCCCGAAGAACACGUCGGUCGCGAGCUCGGCCAUCGUCAAGCCGACGCCGUGCACGCAGUACUACUUGAACGCGUUUGCGAUGUCGAUUCCGCACCCGCAAAAAGUGGCCACAGGCGGCGAAGACGCCUACUUCAUCGGCACCGAGCCGACGGCGGCGCCAGCGACUGCGCCGCAGGACGUGCUCUGCUUUGGUGUCGCGGACGGCGUCGGGUCAUGGUUCGAGCAAGGCAUUUCCGCUGGCAAGUACUCACGCGAGCUCAUGAAGGCGGCGCAGGCCGCCGCGCACGUCUCCGAAGCCAAAGACGCCCUCGUGCAUCCGUCCGAAGUGCUGCACGCCGCAUGGCUAAGCGUCAACCAACAUGCGAUCGUUGGGAGUGCGACGGCCUGCGUUGUGAGCCUCGACCCGAGCCAGUGCGAGCUCUACGCCGUCAACCUCGGCGACUCGGGGUUUCUCAUCAUUCGCGACAAGAAAUCGGAUCUCAAGUCGGCUGAGAUGCGCGGUACGCUCGAUGGCUCGCUCAUGCGCAAGCUCGAGAACCGGGAGACGGACUUGACGCCUGCUGGGCGGCGCAAGGGCGCCCACGUCUCGUACCGGUCGCCGCAGCAGCUCCACUACUUCAACUGCCCGUUCCAGCUUGGGUUCUAUGAGCCCGGACCUGAUAUGCCGUCGGGGUCGGGUCCGCUGUUCGAGACGCCGGCCGAGGCCGUCAACCUGCGCGUGCCGGUGAUGGAAGGCGACCUCAUUGUGCUGGCCACGGACGGUCUCUUUGACAAUGUUAACGAAGACCAGUUGCUCGAGAUCGUCGCGUCCGAGCCGGAAGUCGAAGCGAUGACCAAGAAGCUCGUCAAGCGCGCCUACGAUCUCUCGCUUGACCGCACGAUCGACUCGCCGUUUGCACGCCUCGCCAAGGAGAACGACAAGAUGUGGGGCGGCGGCAUGCCGGACGACAUCACCAUCAUCGUCGCCCGCGUCCUCAAGCGCGACAUUUGCUGAGUGUAGCUGCUUGUCCCUCUUUGUCUUGACAGCUAAAGUGGCAAUACAUGCAGUGUCAAUAUCCUGUCGCUUCCGUCUCGUCCU